AUGGCUCAGCAGCUACGUUUUACUGUUCAGAUAUAUCAGCAGAUCAAUCUAGCUGCACAAAGGACUUGGAAGGAACUACCCACAAAGGGAGACAGAUCUUUGGACAUAUCUAGCAUCAGACAAUGCCCUGAAGAGUCUUUUCAGGAGUUCGUUACUCACUUGUCACAAGCAGUGGGAAGCACUAUCGCCGAUUGCCAGGCUGGACAGCUGGACACUUUUGAAAAUGCUAAUAAAGACAAGUAUCCUGAGGCCUACGUUACCCAUUAUAUGGAUGACAUUCUCUUGGGCCACCCUCUGGAAGCUACAGUAUUGUUGAUUUUUGGGGAUAUGCAAUUAGCUCUUGAGCAAGCAGGACUGUGCAUUGCCCUCAAAAAGGUCACUCCACUGUUUACCACCAUGGAAGAACACUCACUGUCCUUUCAUGCCCCAUGUUCUGCAUCCUUCUCUUCUGGUGCGCCUUUCCAUGAGGAUUGCAGCAUUUCAUCUCAGGCAGGGGUCAUCAACAUUGAAAAGGACUUGAUGGAUGGUAAACUCCUGAAUGUGAUCUCUGAGGCCAUGAAGACUUGGAAAACAGUGCCAAGUACCUCAGUGAACAUUGCUGUGACAGGGGCCUCUGGCAACGGCAUGUCUUCUUUCAUCAAUGCGCUGCGCAACAUUGGACAUGAGGAGAAAACCUCAGCUCCCACUGGAGUAGUGAGAACCACCUAUAAACCUACAUCCUAUUCAUCCUCCUAUUUUCCAAAUGUAGUGUUGUGGGAUCUGCCUGGCAUGAGUACUUCCCCACAGGCUCUGGAGGAUUACUUGAAGGAAAUGCAGUUCAGUCAGUAUGACCUCAUUAUCAUUAUUGCAUCUGAACAGUUCAGCAUGAGUCAUGUGAUGCUUGCCAAAGGCAUUAAGAGGCUAGCAAAGAAGUUCUACAUUGUCUGGACCAAAUUGGACACAGACAUCAGAACAAGUGCACUUAAGAAGGAACAACUCUUGGAGACUAUCCAAGAGCAUAUUCUGGAAAACCUCCAGAAGGAGCAGGUGUGUGAGCCCUCCAUAUUCUUGGUUUCUAGUCUGGACCCUUCACUGCAUGAUUUCCCAAACCUCAUGAAGACAUUGCGAAUGGACAUUUUCCGUAUAAGGUGCCAAGAACCCCUUCAGAAUCUGUUACACACCUGUGAGAAGAUUAUUAAUGAAAAAAUGACCUCACUGAAGAAGAAUAUAGACACACAGUCUUUCCAUUGCAUCAUUGACCCUGAAAAUCUUGAUAAUUCCGAAGAGUGUCUAAAAGCCUACAAAGUGCUUUUUGGUGUGGAUAAUGAAUCUCUCCAACAGGUGGCUCAGAAAAUAGGCACUGAAGUCCUGAAAUAUACAAGCAACAUGAAGUCUCAGGAUCUACAGAUUCUCAGCAAUGUGGACUGGAUCCAGUUCUUUGGACUUACAGAAACACACCUGUUUCAGAAGGAAGAACACCAUUUGGGGAUAGCUGUUGGAGGAGAAUAUUGA